CAUUCACGACCCCCUGCACAGCUUGACAUACAAGCAAUGGGAUCACGAAACACACCAUGAACAACCCCUCUGAACAACACGCCCUCAACGGCACAAAUGGGGCAGGCGCAAUUGACAUCCACACACCCUUUACCGCAAGCGAGCGCAUUCAACAGCUCAGCGAGAUCGACGAUGACAUCGCCGCCCUCCUAACCCACAUCUCCUCCGCGAUGCGCGCCCUAGCCACACCGCCCCCGGACACCGCCCAAACCCCGGACCAGACGCCAGGGUCCGAUGCGCCUAUCGGGGAGUCGGAAGCGGCGGCAGGAGACCCCGUGUCGGCUUUUAAGACAGCCCAGUCGGCUUUCUUCCGGACCAUCGAUCGCAUCGACAAGCAGCUGACGCGGCAGAUUCUGGCGCUCGAAGAGGCGGGCAUCAUCACGCUGCGGAGCACCGGGGCUGGAGCCCCCGCUGGCGCAGAGGGCGACGCGGGCUCGAGCCAGCCGCAGCAGAGCAGCGCGGGCGGUGGGGAGGCCGCACGGGCGAGGAGUGCGCCGGCGCGGCUGGAGCCUGACGGGAUGGGGCGGUAUGGCACGCUGGAUGUGGGGAAGCUGAACAUGGCGAGCAGCACGGUGGAAAGGGAUAUGGAGAGGGAUCUGUGGCGCAGGGCGAGGGAGGAGCUUAUUCGGCUGGUGCAGAGCAGCGGCAAAGGUGGCGCGGAGGAUAAGAUGGAGGAGUGAUGUCUUUGGUUGUUUAAGGCGUUGAAGGUUGGGUGGGGUAUAGAUGAGGCUGGUGAAAACAGGCAUUGGGACAAGGUCGGGCUGGAAAUCGAGGCAUGGAUAUACCCCCUGGGCAAUCGGUAAGCGUCAUGGAGCAUCAAUGCUGCUCAUUUUCUCUUAAUGGCUUCUUGGGUUUCCUCUUCAAGCAGAGUCAGUGGAUCAAAUUGACGAUAACUGAGGUGGUUUGAAAGAGUCUGUUUCAGCCGUCGGAUCGCAAUAAUCACAACCAGGCCCCAUUACAGCCCUCUCUUC